GGCGUCCAGCUUGAUGGAGUCCCUCACCCUGACGGACUCUAUCUCCAGUCUGUUGUGGAACAGUUCCUUCGGUCUGGACCAGAGAGAAAGAGAAUCAUCACAACUACCCAUUAUUGCACCUUUUUGGGACCUGUAUACAUACAGACGAACUUACAGGCAUUGCACCUGUUAUCUACAAUUAGACAUACAUUUUCAAUGAGAGCAUGGCAUAAUGUGAGAGGUUCAAAACAAUUACUGAUGCUGCGUUGUAUAUAGACUUGGUACACAGCUCUGCAUCAUCAUCCAUUGCAUUUUACACAAGCGGCGGAUAUCUGAACAAUGUUAGAUCAACUGCACGGUGGAGAUGUAGUGGAUAUCCACGUGUGUAGUGUCGUGCACAGUAGGAGUCAACCACUGACAUACCCUGGCUCAUUCUCUUUCCUGCCAUCUCGGUACUUCACCUCCAGGUACUGGUUCUGGUCGGCCACGUAGCGAGGAAGGAACUCUAUUUCCCCACGCAGUACGUACACCCUUCUGGGCCCAACUACGAGUGUGCCUGAUCCUCCGCUACUAAACACCAGGGCUUGCUCGCCUUCCUUGAUGGUGUGAUACCCCAUAGCCACACGCUUCUCUCUUCUCCACCUCCACUAAAUCUCGUCUUCCUGAAAAUUAUUGACCCGCCCUUUGUCUGAGUCCCGAUUCCGCUCCAGGGUGAGGGGCGGGGCAGUUUUGGAGAACACGUGUGUGUAUUUUUCUGUAGAAAGAAAGGCACACAAGAAGGUAUGGGGAACAGGUACGCCACAGCGAGAUGUGCGGGCGAAGGAGGCCAGCAGCCAGCCAACCUACCGCCUCUGCCGCCUCUAACAGCUGAAGCUCCACGUGGCCAGUCUGGGGGUCCGGCAACAGCAGGACUAAGGGAGGAGAGACGGGCAUGGAAUCCUGGAGAAUUUGAAGAACUUGGCAAAAAAAUCAAAGAGCAAAUAAACCCGCAGUUUUUCGAGGGGUGUAAGGUGGCGCUGGGCAAGGGGCUGAGCAGGUAUUUUCAGACGACGCACACUGUGGUCCUGGGCACCUCGCAGCCGGCCAGCUACCAGUACGGCGUCACUUACGUCGGCUCCAAAAAGAUCGCCGAUAAUGACUAUAGACCAAUUAUGCUGGGAGAAAUUUCUACCAACGGCAACUUUAGCGCUCUAUUUCUGCACCAGAUUGCGAAAGCGUGGAAGGUUAAAAUCAAUACUCAGUGGGUGGCCUACCAGGGGUCCCUGGACUACCAGGGCUCCGACUUCACGGCCUCUCUCACCCUCGCCAACCCCAACCUCCUGGACGGGAGUGUCGUGGGAGUGGCCCAGUAUCUGCAGGCGCUGAAUCCCAGUUAUGAAACUCCAUUCCAGGCUGUGUCUGGGUGCAGAGCUGAUGGUUCAGAGAGGAGCCGGGAUAGAGGCGGGGAUGGUGUCGGUGGGCGGGGCCUAUCGCUGCCCGGAUUGGGAGGCUACGCGAGACUCGGACUUCACUCGUGGCACCUCACCUACCUCCACAAACUGAAGGACCUGGACCUGGUGGCAGAGUGUGAGGGAAGCCUCAUGCAGGGCACCACGGUGGCUGCUAUUGGCUACAAGAUGGACCUGGGCGCCAUGACAAUGCGGGGCAGGAUAAACUCGCUGGGCACCGUCGUGGCGACCGUGGAGAAGAGAUUGGACCCAAUUCCAGGGGCCCUCAUGGUAUCGGGACGCAUCAACCAUUGGACAGACGAAGCCAAGUUUGGCAUAGGUCUCCUAAUAGGAUAGAUUGAUUCCACCAUAAUAUAUAGUACUUACAUAUUAUACACUCCUCUACAAUCUUGGGUCAUUCAACAUCUCCGUGGUGUAAAGUAAUGUAUUAGCACUGGUCUUAUUGAUCAUGUUAUGUGAGUCCUGUAUAUCUAACCAUUGCACCUGUUACGCAUUACUGUUAGCAGGAGCCUUUCAAAGACC